AUGAAAGUUGGCAACGGAGAGUUAACACGAAGUGAUAGAAAAAGAGCGAUUCCGUCCCCGACUAACGAACAAGUUGAUAAGGUAAAUAACUUGAUACUUUCAAAGAUUGAUGCGCUAACGCAAAUAUACUACUCAGUUGAUACUGUUCCUGAUUUGGAAGAAGCUCUUCAUUUUCCUACAGAAUUUUUUAAUUCUUUGAACCCGUCUGGACUCCCUCCUUACAAAAUGGUGUUGAAAAUAUCUCUUGCAAUGACCAUUAAUAAAUCACAGCGUCAAACUUUCAACGUUGCAGGCUUAAAUUUGAGCGUUGAGUGUUUUUCACAUGGCCGAUUAUUUGUCGCUCUUUCAAGAGUAACCUCUAAAGAAAGCAUGUGA